UGUGGCAGAAGCACGGACCUCCUACGUGAUUAUCCGUUCGCGUUUGGUUCGCGUACGAUGACGAGAACACGGCAGGACGCGCUCCGGCAUCGUCAACAAGAUGGCGACGGCACGCCAACCGAGACCGGCGACGAAGACACUACCGGCGAGUUCGGCCGCGCUGAGCAACCUGCGGAAGGCACGAGACAACCGCAGGCACCAGCAUUCCAACUCCCCGAGCAAUUUCUAUCUACGCUGGUAGAUAGCAUCACACGCGCUCAAGCUGAAGCGAACAGAACCCUUAUCAGCUCACUGAUGACAUCCGCCGGAGACUUCAGGGCUUCUACCCCGGUGGCGUCGACGUCAUCAGCAUGUGCGCCCGGCGGCAACUUCACGAAGUGCACCGCCAGAUUCGACGGGUCAUCCCAUGACGGCGAAGUAUUGGAGGCAUUCCUCGACGCCGUCGAGAUAUUCAAGGACUGCGCAGCCGUCAGCGACGAGCAUGCUCUCCGUGGAUUACCAAUGCUCCUGGAAGGCGACGCAGCGAUAUGGUGGAGAGGCGUCAAGUCGUCGGUCGCGACGUGGCACGACGCGCUCGCACGACUCCGCGCAAUCUACGGCGUCGCUCAACCGGCGUACAAAAUAUUUAGACAGAUUUUCGCGUCCGAACAACAAGAUAACGAACGCGCCGAAGUUAUGUUGUGUAAAGUGCGCGCUCUAUUCGCUAAGUUGCCCUAUAAAGUAGACGAAGUUAUGCAAGUAGAUAUGUGUUACGGUUUGUUAUGUAAUAGACUUAAGAAAAGAGUGCCCCGCGAGUCUGUAAGUAGUUUAGAUGAGUUACUGUGUAACACGAGGAUCGCGGAGGAUAACAUGAAGGAAUAUCAAGUAAGUCCCGAUAUUAUUAAAACACGUAAGUCGCAAACUAUACCUACUUCUACUGGCCAGCACCCCGCGCGAUCCAAUUCGCCUUGCACGAGUACUGUCGCUACGCGUAAUAAAAACAGGCCGCGUUGCAGCUAUUGUAGAGCUUUCGGUCAUAUUAGUGAUGAGUGUCGUAAUCGCGAGAAAACUUCCCAAAUAGGUAAUAAGGGUAACGACCCCAGUUAUAGUUCACCUAAAGUUGUCCGAUGAGAGGCCGAUCGAGUACGCAAGCCGACUUCUCACCAGUGCCGAGAGGAAUUACUCGACGACUGAGCGGGAGGCUC